AUGCCAACACUCAAGGAGAUCCAGGAGGCACGGGAGCGGAGAACCGAACGGAAUCUCGCAUCGCACGGCAUCACUCGUGGCGACAGCGCCACGCCCGCGUCGGCUACUCCCUCGAGCCCGAGCAGUAGCGUUAUUUUUGGGCUCGGGAUUGUUGGCAUGGCAGCAGGAUACGCGGCGCUCGCCUUCCGCUUCCGCAGCCUCACGGCCGGUCCUGGACGCGAGCGCUUCCGAGCCGGCAGCGCCGAGUUCCGAGCCGCGCAGCAGGCUGCGGAGACCUUCUCGCGCGGCUCUCGCCGGAGGGCAGAGGCAUUCUCAGAGACGAGGUGGCGAGAGCGGUCGCGAGGUCGGUCGCGAUACGGAGCGACCGAUGAGGAGUCGCGCCGGCGCGCGGAGCAGCAGAAACAGCGCGACCGGCGCAGCGAGACGCUAUCCCCGGGCAGCCUCGGUUGGGCGCUGGGUGUGCUGCAGCUACGGUCGCUCGAGGGCCUCACGGAGCGCGAGGCGAAGGCCUCGUACCACAGGCUCGCCAAGCAGUGCCACCCGGACACUGGUGGCGCGAGCGCUGACGCGGAGCAGUUCAAACGCAUCGGCGUCGCCUACGAGGCCAUCUCCAAAUUUCUCCGGAGCCGCAGAAGCGCCCCGUGA